UAUAUACUUCGUGACUAUCCAGAAAACCCAAUCUCUUAAUCCAGCUCGUUAAAAGCUCCAGACUUGUCAUUUGGGUCGCCGUCAGAUUUUGUGAUAUAUUAUGGAGUUUUGUCAACCAAACGCAACCGCAGCAGCAUUGAGCGACCCACUUAACUGGAAUGUAGCAGCGGAGGCUUUAAAAGGGAGCCACCUGGAGGAGGUGAAGAAGAUGGUGAAGGAUUAUAGGAAAGGAACGGUGCAGCUCGGCGGAGAGACGCUGACCAUCGGUCAGGUUGCGGCGGUGGCGAGUGGAGGAACGACAGUGGAGCUUUCUGAGGAGGCUCGUGCCGGUGUAAAGGCGAGUAGUGAGUGGGUGAUGGAGAGCAUGAAUCGUGGUACCGACACUUAUGGUAUCACCACUGGAUUUGGUUCAUCUUCUCGUAGGAGGACUGACCAAGGUGCUGCUCUUCAAAAAGAGCUUAUUAGGUACUUGAACGCCGGGAUAUUCGCUACCGGCGACGGAGAUGACGACACGUCAAACACGCUUCCCCGGCUGGCUACAAGAGCGGCGAUGCUCAUCCGCGUAAACACCCUCCUCCAAGGCUACUCUGGUAUACGCUUUGAGAUACUCGAAGCCAUCACAAAAUUCCUCAACCGGAAAAUCACACCGCUCCUCCCUCUCCGAGGCACCAUUACCGCCUCCGGCGACCUCGUUCCAUUAUCGUAUAUUGUUGGAUUUCUCAUCGGGCGCCCCAACUCACGAUCUUUGGGCCCAUCCGGCGAGAUCCUCACCGCCUCGGAGGCCUUCAAGCUUGCCGGAGUAUCAUCCUUUUUCGAACUCCAGCCCAAGGAAGGGCUUGCGCUCGUGAAUGGGACUGCGGUGGGAUCUGCUUUAGCCUCCACGUUACUGUACGAUGCCAACAUUUUGGCGGUUUUUGCGGAGGUUGCUUCGGCCAUGUUUGCUGAGGUUAUGCAGGGGAAACCGGAGUUUACGGAUCAUCUUACGCAUAAACUCAAGCACCAUCCUGGUCAGAUAGAAGCCGCCGCAAUCAUGGAGCAUAUCUUAGACGGAAGCUCUUAUGUCAAAGAAGCUCAACAUCUCCACAAGAUUGAUCCGCUUCAGAAACCUAAACAAGAUCGUUACGCUCUGCGAACGUCGCCGCAAUGGCUCGGACCACAGAUUGAGGUGAUAAGAGCAGCGACAAAGAUGAUCGAACGUGAGAUAAACUCGGUAAACGAUAACCCUUUGAUCGAUGUUUCACGGAACAAAGCUAUUCACGGUGGGAAUUUCCAGGGGACACCGAUUGGUGUCGCCAUGGAUAACACUCGUCUAGCACUUGCUUCGGUCGGGAAGCUAAUGUUCGCUCAGUUCACUGAACUCGUAAAUGAUUACUACAACAACGGGUUACCCUCUAAUCUAUCUGGCGGGAGAAACCCUAGUCUUGAUUACGGGUUAAAAGGCGCAGAAGUAGCCAUGGCUUCUUAUUGCUCAGAGCUUCAGUUCUUAGCUAAUCCUGUGACGAACCAUGUCGAAAGCGCCUCGCAACACAAUCAAGAUGUUAACUCUCUUGGGCUGAUCUCGAGCCGAAAGACAGCAGAAGCUGUGGUUAUCCUCAAGCUCAUGUCAACAACUUACUUGGUAGCUUUGUGCCAAGCCUUUGAUCUGAGACACCUUGAAGAAAUUCUAAAAAAAGCGGUUAAGGAGGCUGUGAGCCAGACUGCCAAAAGCGUUCUAGCUAUCGAACCAUUCCGCAAACACGACGACAUUCUCCGAGUUGUCAACCGCGAAUACGUCUUCUCCUAUGUUGAUGACCCAACUAGCCUCACUAACCCUCUAAUGCAGAAGCUGAGGCACGUCCUCUUCGACAAAGCUUUAGCUGAACUGGAAGGCGAGACAGACACGGUUUUCCGAAAAAUCGGAGCGUUCGAAGCCGAGCUGAAAUCUCUCCUUCCUAAAGAAGUGGAAAGAGUCAGGACAGAGUACGAGAACGGUACAUCUAAUGUGGCUAACCGAAUCAAGAAGUGUCGAUCGUAUCCGCUGUACCGGUUUGUGCGAGACGAACUCGAGACUAGGUUGCUAACCGGAGAGAAUGUCCGGUCACCAGGAGAGGAUUUUGACAAAGUCUUCACAGCGAUCUCUCAAGGCAAACUCAUAGACCCUCUGUUCGAAUGUCUCAAAGAGUGGAACGGAGCUCCGAUUCCUCUCUGCUAGAACGUUCACUCAGAUCAAAGUCUUGCCUUGCCUUUUCAAUAUCCUGCUUCUUUUAUGAUUAUGUUGUGUGGAGAAUAUUUGGUGUGUAUGUUUAGUUUUCAUGACACUGAGUCACUGACUUUGAUCAAAGUCUUGCCUAGCCCUUUCAUUGUCCUGUUUCUUUCUUGUAUGAUUAUGUCGUGGUGUUGUGGUCGAUUCUGUAACGGGUCAGUCUUGUUAAACAUAACUUUGAUAUUUUUAUUUUAUGUUUUACAAUUACCAAAAA